UGAGCCGCUAGUUGCUUCCAGUCGAAUUUCUUCGACAUCCCUCGCUUUCCCUACUACUACCUUUCCACCACACCCUCAGUAUGCCUUCCCACCAGCCUACCGCCGGCAUGAUGGCCGUCGACCCCGACUACGUCAAGCAGCCGUCUUCCAUGGCGAGCACCUCGGAGCCGAACCGCAACCCAAAGUACGACCCUAAGAAGCCACAUAUCACCGACACGCCCAUCACCAAGGCCAACUGGUACAAGCACGUCAACUGGCUGAACGUUACCUUCAUCAUCGGCAUCCCUCUCGCUGGCUGCGUUGCCGCCUUCUGGACUCCUCUCAAAUGGCAGACCGCCCUCUGGGCCGUCGUAUACUACUUCUGGACUGGUCUCGGCAUCACAGCUGGCUACCAUCGCCUCUGGGCACACAAGUCCUACAACGCCUCUCUCCCACUCAGCGUCUUCCUUGCCCUUGUUGGCGGCGGUGCUGUUGAGGGUUCCAUCCGCUGGUGGAGCCGCGACCACCGUGCCCACCACCGCUACACCGACACCAACAAGGACCCAUACAGCGUCCGCAAGGGACUUCUCUACAGCCAUCUUGGCUGGAUGGUCAUGAAGCAGAACCCCAAGCGUAUUGGCCGCACCGACAUCACCGACUUGAACGAGGACCCCGUCGUUGUCUGGCAGCACAAGCACUACAUCAAGGUUGUCAUCUUCAUGGGUUUGAUCUUCCCCUCGGCUGUCGCUGGUCUUCUCUGGAACGACUGGAAGGGUGGCUUCAUCUACGCCGGUAUCCUCCGCAUCUUCUUCGUCCAGCAGGCUACCUUCUGCGUCAACUCGCUUGCCCACUGGCUCGGAGACCAGCCCUUUGACGACCGCAACAGCCCCAGGGACCACGUCAUCACCGCCCUUGUUACUCUCGGCGAGGGUUACCACAACUUCCACCACGAGUUCCCCUCUGACUACCGUAACGCUAUCGAGUGGCACCAGUACGACCCCACCAAGUGGUCCAUCUGGCUGUGGAGCAAGCUCGGUCUCGCCUCCAACCUCAAGCAGUUCCGUGCCAACGAGAUCGAGAAGGGUCGCGUCCAGCAGCUUCAGAAGAAGAUUGACCAGAAGCGCGCCAAGCUCGACUGGGGUGUACCUCUUGAGCAGCUUCCUGUCAUCGAGUGGGACGACUAUGUUGAGCAGGCUAAGAACGGCCGUGGUCUGAUUGCCGUCGCUGGUGUUGUACACGAUGUUACCGACUUCAUCAACGAGCACCCCGGAGGCAAGACUCUGAUCAAGAGCGGCAUUGGCAAGGACGCCACUGCUAUGUUCAACGGCGGUGUCUACUUCCACUCCAACGCUGCUCACAACCUACUCUCUACCAUGAGGGUGGGUGUCAUUCGUGGUGGAUGCGAGGUCGAGAUCUGGAAGCGCGCCCAAAAGGAGAACAAGGAGGUCAACAUCGUCAAGGACGAACAAGGCAACCCAAUCAUCCGGGCUGGUAACCAGGUUACCAAGGUCGCGCAGCCCAUGCUCAGCGCCAGCGCGGCCUAAAGCAUUGUCCUUUUCGAUUUAGCGAUUCCUGGCGUUUGGGAUGCCUUUUCGUUUUGUGUAGGCAUAAUACUGUUUUCAUUUCACAGCGUUCGCUAGCGAGCAUCGUGGAGACGAUGCUCAGCACGAUU